AUAUUAAGAUUUUUAACUUAUAAUUCUAUCAACAAUAUUGAAUACCAAUCAUAGUAUGUAUGAAUACUUAAUUUAGUAAUUUUUUUCUGUUUAUUGAGUUAUGAAGUGACAUAACGUAUCCAAUGAAUUACAUUAUUACAUCCAUAUUUUUGUGAAUGUUUAACAAUGAUGACUUCUGAUAUUGAAUGUUUGAAAUGGAAUACAACAAAUUUUAAACCAUCUAAUGUUUUAGACUAUACAGAAUACACUUUAGCGCUGGAACCGUCACAUUGGCUAAGCUUAAAGACAAAAGGCCAUACAACAAAAUUAUCUUAUUUAGGAUUAACACAGAGAUUAGCAUCUUUAGACAACCUUAAUAAUUUAUAUGUAUAUGAUUGGUCAAAAGAUGAUUUAAAAACUAUAAGAUCAAAAUAUGAUCAUAAUAGUAAACUUACAAGUUUGGCAAGCAACUCUUUAGGAAAUCAAAUAGUUACAUGUUCAGAUAACGGAAAAAUCCAAUUGUGGAACUUUAAAUUUUCAAGUUUGAAGAUGUUAACUGAAUUCAAAGGACAUUAUCAAUGUGCACGUAAUGUUGAAUAUUCUGUUGACAAUAAUUAUUUAAUAUCUUGUUCCAACGAUAAAACAUUUAAAAUAUGGGAUUGUCAAUCUAAUAAGUUUGUUGCUAGUAAUAUGUUUCAUCGUAAUUGGGUUAACGUAGCAAAGUUUUUCAAAGAAGACAAACUUGUCGUUUCCUGUUCAAGAGAUUCGUAUAUACAAGUUUUUGAUUGUUGUUCAGGAAAAUGUGUUAUAAAUUUUAACCUGAGUCCAGAUUUUGCUGAAUCACUUUCACUAAAAGAAGAGUUUUCAAUAGCAGUGGGUACAAAACUGGGGUCCAUUCAAAUUUUUGAUUUGAGAGCUUUAAAAGUUUUACAAAAAUACAGUGAACACAUUAGUCAAGUAAAUUGUGUUUGUUAUCAAUAUAGGACUCCGUGUUUGGUCUCUGUUUCAAAAGAUAAAAAAUUAAAUGUUUAUGAUACUAAUGAAGGGAGAUUUUUGUAUUCAAUUGAUCACUUUAGUGAAAUAAAAUCAAUGGAUAUUACCUCAGACGAUAAAUUACUUGCAACAACAUCAUUUCAUUUUGAAAAUGAGAUAACCUUAUGGAAAGCAGAGACACUGCAAAUGUAAAGGUUCUAUACAUUUAAUAUUCCAAGACUUCAGUGGUACUGUGUAAAAUUUUUGUCUGUAUAUAUUAUGUAUUUAUACAAAAUAUUGUUUAUCAAUUAUAAAAUAAAUGAAUAAAAUGAAA